CGGACCCCCCCACACACCCGGCGGGACCCCCGCCCGCCGCCCCUCGCCCCGGCCCCGGGAGAGGGGGGGACACCGGCACCGGAACCGGGCGGGGGGGACCGGCAGGAACCUGCUGGGUUCGCCCCGGCACCUGCCGCAGCGGGCGGGGGGCGCGGGGGCUCAGCCCGGCGCCGGUCACGGACCCCCAGCCCCGCCGGGACCCCCGCCCGCCGCCCCUCGCCCCGGGAGGGGCACCGGGGACACCGGCAGCGGGAACCGGAGCCUGUCGGGGGCGCAGCCCCGCACCUGCUGCGUGGGAAUGGAGGGUCCCGGGGGCUCAGCCCGCCCCGGGGAUGCCCCGGACCGGGACACCGGGACACGGGGACAGCCGCCCGCCGCCCUUCGCCCCGCCCGGGCGGGGCCGGCCCGGGAGCGGCGGCGGCUCCUGCGCGGCGGCGGAGAUGGAGCGGCCGGUGCCGCUGCCCCGGGGGACCCGGCCCCGGGCCCGCCACUACUACGAGGGCUUCGUGGACAAGCGGGGCCCGCGGGAUCAGGGCUACCGGAGGCUCUGGGCCGGGCUGCGGGGGCUCCAUCUCGCCUUCUACAGGGGGCCCCAGGACCGCGAGGUACCGGGGCUCCUCUGGGCGGGACCCCCGGGGCUGGAGACACCCCCGGGCUGGGGCCCCUCAGGGUGGGACCCCCAGGACAAGAACCUUUGGGUGGGACUGGGGGGGCUCCCCCAGGCCGGGACCUCUGGGACCCCCCAGAUUGGGACCCCCCCGUCCUGCCCGGGCCCUGGAGAUGCCCCUGGGCAGGGUCCCCUCAGGGUGGGACCCCUGUGCCCCCUCCCCGUGGGGAGAAACCCCCCGGAUUGGGGACCCGUCCCCAUGAACCCCCCUGGGCACGGGCCCCCGAGAACGGCACCUUCGGGUGACACUGGGGGGACCCCGGCUGAGGUGGGGGUGUCCCUGGGCCGGGGUCCCACCCUUGGGUGCCCCCAGCCCCUGGAGCUGCUGGACCUGGGCGAGCUGGUGACGGUGCAGGCCGAGGACGGGGCGCUCGUCCUCAGGCUGAGGGGACAGGAGGUGACAAUGAAGAUGGAGAGCUGGGAGACGCAGGAGAUGUGGCGGGGAUUCAUCCUGACCAUGGCCAAGAUGAAGAUACCCCGGGACCUGGCGCUGUUGCCCGGACACACCUUCCAGCUGCUGCAGGCUCUGCGGGAGGAGCAGGAGCGCAGGGACAGCGCCGUGUCCCCCCCGGCCACCUCCGUGUCCCCUCCGACCACCUCCGUGUCCCCCCCGGUCACCCCCGUGUCCCCAACCACCCCUGUGACCCCGGUCACCCCCGUGUCCCCAACCACCGCCGUGUCCCCCAGCCCCUCUGAGCCGGUCCCCAGCUGCUUUUUGCAGGUGACGCGUGCCGAGGCCGAGCGGCUGCUGGAGCAGAGCGCGGCCCGGGGGAACCUGCUGCUGCGGCCCGGGGGACACGGCCAGGGCGUCUCGGUCACCACGCGCCAGGAGCGGGGCGGGACAGCGCUGCUGAGGCACUACAGGGUGAAGAGAGAGGCCCAGGGCUACGUCAUCGACCUGGAGACCCCGCACCGCUGCUCGUCGCUGGCGGAGGUGGCGCAGUUCUUCGUGCGGAGCAGCGCGGGCAGCCUGCGGCCCCUGGAGCCCGAGUACAGCGCGCGGCUGGAGUUCGUGCCGAUGAACGGGGACCCCUCCCCAGCUGCGGCCACUCCCAGGGCGGCCCCGAGGCGGGGCAGGAGCCCCCCCGGGCUGGGGCUGGUGCCCGAGGAGCAGCUCUACAUGAACGACCCCGGGAGGACCCAGGAGCUGCUCCGGGAGCUGCAGUGGAAGCUGCAGCAGCGCCAGGCUCAGUGAUGGGGACACCCCGGGGUGCCCCCCCUGCCCCCCCUCCCCCUCAGGAAAGCUCAGGAACCCCCUCAUGUUUGGGGGGGCGCUGUAA